CGCUCCUGUGUUUGUCGGCGCUCAGUGCCUGUAAUUACCGAGUGAUCUGAGCCGGCAAUAAAUCUAGUGACUGCAUCAAAAAUGCCGGCCGCUUCAGUCACAAGGACUAACUACGCAUGCGUGUAACUCGAUGCCAUCUUUAAUGCUGGCAAUUGUCAUCACACAUCAAGAUGGCGACGGGGCAACAGUGGGUGUUGGUAGAAAUGGUCCAGGCCUUUUAUGAGGCUCCAGCAUACCAUCUGAUUCUGGAAGGAAUUCUUAUUUUGUGGAUAGUGAGACUUCUUUUCUCCAAAACCUACAAACUUCAGGAACGUUCUGACCUUACAGAAAAGGAAAAAGAAGAGCUUAUUGAGGAAUGGCAGCCAGAACCACUUGUCCCGCCGGUGUCAAAAGACCACCCUGCCCUUAACAAUAAUAUUGUCUCAGGCCCUCCAACUCACAACAUAGUGGUUAAUGGUAAAAAAUGUAUAAACUUUGCAUCCUUUAAUUUUCUUGGAUUGCUAGACAAUGAAAAAGUCAAGAAUGCAGCUUUAGCUUCAUUGAAAAAAUAUGGUGUUGGUACAUGUGGACCUCGAGGAUUUUAUGGAACAUUUGAUGUUCAUUUAGAAUUGGAAGACAGAAUUGCCAAGUUUAUGAGAACAGAAGAGGCUAUUAUUUAUUCAUAUGGAUUUGCCACAAUAGCCAGUGCCAUUCCAGCAUACUCAAAGAGAGGAGAUCUUGUAUUUGUGGAUGAAGCUGCAUGCUUUGCUAUUCAAAAAGGCUUGCAAGCUUCACGUAGCAAUAUAAAAUAUUUUAAACACAAUGAUAUGGAUGACUUGGAGCGACUGCUGAAAGAACAGGAACUUGAGGAUCAGAAAAAUCCUCGUAAAGCUCGAGUAACCAGAAGAUUUCUUUUAGUGGAAGGACUGUACAUGAACACUGGAUAUAUUUGUCCUCUACCAGAACUGGUCAGACUAAAAUACAAAUACAAAGUUCGAAUAUUCUUAGAAGAAAGUUUGUCCUUUGGGGUUCUUGGAGAGCAUGGACGAGGUGUAACUGAACAUUUUGGGGUGAAUAUUGAUGACAUUGACCUUAUAAGUGCAAAUAUGGAGAACUCCUUGGCUUCCAUUGGUGGAUUCUGCUGUGGAAGAUCUUUUGUUAUUGAUCACCAGCGGCUUUCUGGACAAGGGUAUUGUUUCUCAGCAUCUUUGCCACCUAUGCUUGCCUCUGCUGCUAUAGAGGCUCUCAACAUAAUGGAAGAUGACCCAGAUAUUUUCAGACUAUUAAGACAAAAAUGUCACCGAAUUCAUUCCACAUUACAGGGCAUCCCUGGUUUGAAAGUUGUGGGUGAAUCAUUUUCUCCAGCUGUUCAUCUGCAGCUGGCAAAAAGCAGAGGAUCACGAGAAAGUGAUGUUAAAUUACUGCAGGAGAUCGUCGAUUAUUGCUUGAAUCGAGGGAUUGCAUUAACUCAAGCACAUUACUUGGACAAGGAGGAAAAGGUUUUGCCUCCACCAAGUGUUCGGGUGGUGGUUACAGUAGAACUGACAGAGGAAGAAUUGGAUAUGGCUGCAGCAUUAAUCAAGGAAGCAUCAGAACGCAUCUUGCAGUAGGAUGGUCUGACGUUUGAUUUUUUGUGGACUAAAAAUCGCACAUGGAUGUCAUGCCCUAAAGGACUGUACUUGCAGAAUGUGCUGAAAGAGAUCAGAACUGAAAAUAAGGAUGAGUGAUCCUCACUAAAUGAAUUUAAUGUAUUUUACUUUUUAUGUAAUUUGUAAAAUGAUGGAAAUUGUACUCAAACCUGAGUACAUUUGUCUGAGAAUAAGUGCAAAAAUUGAUUUUCAGAGUUCGAUCAGCUGAGGACCCAGAUAGCUUCGUCUCGAAAAAUUUCUUGUCCAAAGUGUUGUUUUAUUUUGUAAUAAUAUUUUUCCAACAUUCAUGAGAAUUUUGUGCAUAUAGGUGAUGAGAUAUAGGGGAAUAUUCUAAAGGAACUAGUUGGUAUUAAAUGAGAAAAUUAUAUCAAGAUUUCUGUAAGAUAUAUUUGGAGCUGGAAUACAUUGCCUAUUUAAGAUUAGCAACUGUAUUAAUAGUACUAUAAAACAUAAUUCUCCAUCUGCUGUAUGCGAAUUUGGCUUGUCACACAUUUACAAAAAUUAACCUAAUUGACAACAGUCUCUGUAUGUUAUUUUUAAAAUUAUUAAUGCUGUUUGAUUUUAGGAUGAAGGUACCUUAAGAACGAUCAUUAAUGAACUUAACUUUAGGGUUAAAAAAGCAUGUUGGUCAUGUGAUCACCCCUUACUUUAAAUGCGAUAGCAAAUGGCUUAUUUUGAUUGAAACUAGAGAGGGAUUGUAAGAUGAGGGUGGCAAGGGAAAACCAUGCCUCUGGCUGACAAGGUGUCAUAAUGCAGUCAUUAUGUUCAAAGUUCGCUUGUGAACCUCCAUGAAGAGGAUUUCUCCAUUUGGGUUGCAGAUUAGUCCUAACUAUAUUCCUUUUUCAAAAUAUUGUAAAAUACAUGGGAAUCUAGAAAGAGAUGGAUAUGACCCUGCCACUUUCAAUGCACUGAUCCAUUUCUUGGUGUAAUACUAUGUGCUACACUUCUCAACAAAUUAGUGUGCUUCCAUCAGGAUGUUGCAGUACUUCUUCUAGUCUCUGGCUUACCCACUUAUAAUUUUGUUAUGCAGAAAUUUGCACAGUAAAUUUACAGUUUUGUCAUAUAAUGUUACUGAAGGUUACUAUCAGCAUCAUUUUGUAGGAAAACCAGAGAAGUGCGACAUUUUUGUGCUGUUCAGGAGAUUUGUACAGAGAUGUUUGUUUUCAGAUAAAGUUGGUUCCGUCUAUUUUAGUACCGGUUUACAGGAGUUACAGCACUAAAUGCAAGAACUGUGCAUGAUUUUUUAAAUGCUUAUAACUGUAGGAAUAAUUGCUGUAAAAUGUUAUUUAAAAUUGAAUGAAAGGAGCAAAGGUAUUAGGCAUUCUAGGUGACUGGGAAGGUUAUUUUUGUAAUCUAUGUGCUUUUUACUGUUAAAUUUAUUGCAUUUCUUUAUCCAGGACUCGAACAUCAGGUCUUUCCUACCAAUGAUUUUUUUUUCUAGGGAAUGGGCUUGUCUGUUUACAGAUGCAUUUGUUAUAUACCUCUGCUUAUAACUGCACUGUACAUGUGCAUUGGAAAAUUGCACAACACUGUGUGAAAUUGUGAGUGGUAUUUUCAUUGGAGUUAAAAUAUGGGUACCAUUGUAAUCUCGCAGUUGACUUGCCAGCUGCACAAUAAAACCAAAAAUCACGAGUAAAA